UCACAUAUAUAUACCGGCCAGAGAUUUUGUGCCAUCACUCAGCGAUCACCGAAGGACACUGACAGGGAAGAACACCAGCAUGCUGCAUUGCAUUGCCCUACAUAGCAGAGCAAUACAAAGCAGAAUGCUUACACAGUAAAACAGCACACAGCAGACUGUGAACCUUUGAUCGCCCCAGAUGUUAACCCCUUCCUGCCUAGUGUCAUUUGUACAGUGUCAGUGCUUUUUAUUAGCACUGAUCACUGUAUUAGUGUCACUGGGGAUGUCAGUGGCAGUUAGUCAGUCCCCCCCAGUGUCAAAAUGCCCACCGCAGUCC